UUCUCAUUUCUCACGCCAGUAACCUAAUUUUCCAGUUAAGAAACGUUGAAUAAGUAUCUUGGGUCAAAAAAGAGGGCUUCAAAUUUAACGGCCGAUUCCAAACAGCAAAGAAUCGGCGAUGGAUUGCGCAGCCGUUCCGUCUCUCAUCUCCGAUUUCGUGAACACAUUCGUCGAUUUCUCCGUCAGCGGCGGCAUUUUCCUGCCUCCGGAACCGGAAUCGGUUAAAAACUCCACCGGUCCGCUGCGAACCGUGUUUCCUCAGCCCGCCCGCCUCGUCGCCGUUGGAGACAUCCACGGCGAUCUCCCCAAGGCUAAAUCGGCCCUGAGGCUCGCCGGCUUGAUCGGAGCGGACGACCGAUGGUCUGGCGCCGCCGCCACCGUUGUCCAAGUAGGCGACAUAUUCGACCGCGGCGGCGACGAGAUUAAGCUGCUUUAUUUCUUCGAGAGAUUACGGAGGGAGGCGGCCAAGUCCGGCGGCACGGUCAUCACGAUGAACGGGAACCACGAAAUCAUGAACGUCGACGCGGAUUUCCGGUUCGUGGCGCGGCAGGGGGUUAAGGAGUUCGAAGAUUGGGGGUUUUGGCAAUGUGUUGGUAAUGGUAUGAAGAGAAUGUGUUUAGGGAUUGGUAGCGAUCUCGUGUUUAGGGAUUUGCUUGACGGCGUGCCGGAUGAGAUCCCUGGGAUUCCGCCGGAGUAUUUGAACGGAAUUAGGGUUCGGAUUGCUGCUCUGCGCCCUAAUGGAUUGAUCUCGAGUAGAUUUCUGUCGAAGAAUCAGACUGUGGUGGUGGUGGGGGACUCGGUGUUUGCUCACGGUGGCUUGUUGGAGAAGCACGUGGUUUACGGACUGGAGCGGCUGAAUGAGGAGGUGAGGGAUUGGAUUCGUGGAUUGAGCGAGAAGGUGGAGAACCGGCUGGUGAGGGGGGCGGACUCGGUUGUUUGGUUGAGGAGCUUCUCGAACAAGCUAGUGAAGGACGGGGAUUGUUCGAUUCUGGAGCAUGUGCUGGAGACUAUCCCGGGGGCGAGGAGGAUGAUCAUGGGGCACACGAUUCAGGAAGAUGGGAUUAGCUCUGCCUGUGGCGGCCGUGCCAUAAGAGUUGAUGUGGGAAUGUCUAAGCUGUGUGGUGACCGUUUUCCUGAGGUUUUGGAGAUUGAUGAGAAGUCAGAGCUCAAGGUCUUGACAUCCAAUCCUUUGUAUAUCAAACGGCAGUAUGAUGCGAUUCCGAAAGAUGGUUUAGGUUCUUUGAUCCCUGAUCAAAGACCAAGACAGGUUGAGGUGAAUGCUUGAGCAUUUGUUGGUUUCUUGAUUUGCUACUGCAUUAUGCUUGCUAGCAAAUGUAGGUGAUUAUGACUGUUGCUGGUUCAAAAGCCUUCAACAAAUAUAGUAGAAUCCUUGAAGCUGUAGAUUGUUUGGCUGGAUUGUUCUUUGCCAGAUUGCUAUUAAGUAAAGGAAUUGCUCUGAAACUUUUCAUUAAAUAAAAUGUAUCAUCUUUAGCACUUA